GGGCUGGGCGGCUCACCCGCAGCAGAGCUGGGCUGCAGCGUCGGGCUCGCGGUGCCGCCGGUGCUCCGAGCGUGCUCGCAGAGACGACUGUGUUCGUCGAGCCAUGGCAGCGGCAGCCCUCCCGCCUUGGUGCCCCCAGCUGAGGCUGCUGCUGCUGCUGGGGCUCUUGCUUCGGGCCGGUCCCGUGCAGCCCGACAGUAAGGUGUUCAGCAACCUGGACCAGGUACGGAUGACCUCGGAAGGCUCUGACUGCCGCUGCAAAUGCAUCAUGAGACCGCUGAGCAAGGAUGCAUGCAGCCGGGUACGAAGUGGGCGUGGGCAGGUAGAGGACUUCUACACUGUGGAGACGCUAAGUUCAGGGACUGACUGCCGCUGCUCCUGCACCGCUCCGCCUUCCUCGCUCAACCCCUGUGAGAAUGAGUGGAAGAUGGAAAAACUCAAGAAGCAGGCACCUGAGCUCUUCAAGCUGCAGUCUAUGGUGGAUCUCCUCGAGGGUGCCCUGUACAGUCUGGAUCUGAUGAAAGUACAUGCCUACAUCCACAAGGUGGCCUCCCAGAUGAACACACUGGAGGAGAACAUCAAGGCCAACCUGAGCCAGGAGAACGAGGGGAUGAAAAACAGCAUCCGUCACCUCAGCGAGCAGCUGAAGAGCUAUGAGAACCAGUCAGCCACCAUGAUGAGCAUUAAGAAGGAACUGUCCAGUCUGGGCCUCCAGCUGCUGCAGAGGGAUGCGGCUGCUGUCCCUGCCGCUGCCCCAGACUCGAGCCCUGACAGCAAGGCUCAGGACACUGCCGGAGGGCAAGGCAAAGACCUCGACAAAUAUGGCAGCACACAAAAGAGCUUCUCAGACAAGGGCCCCGCGAAGCCUCCCAAGGAGAAGCUGCUGAAGGUGGGCAAGCUGAGGCAGGAAAGCAUCAAGGGCCGGGUGCCCCACCCCACAGCCAGGCCACGCGCCCCUGCCCACCAGCGCGCUGUGGGCCGAGCCUUCACCUACUACAAGGCGGGCAGGCAGGAGGCCAAAAAAGAUGCACCGGAGGCCGCGGCUGAAUGUCUGGUAGACUCUUCCUUGAAGCAAGAAACCUGUAGGACUGUUCAGCAGUCAGUUUCCUACAACACCCUCAAGGGCACUUCCUGGCUGGAGAAAGUACCACCCAAGAUGGAGACCAAGCUUCCAGAGCCGAUCCCUGCCAAGCGAGAUGGAGUUACGCCACGGGCUUCAGAAGGAGCCAGCUUGGUCCCUGACGUCUCCACCUCCAUCCCGGCUCCUGUCACCACUCCCUGGCCCACCGAGCCAUCUCUGCAUCCAGAAAGCCUUAGCCAAGGCAGGGAGAACAGCUGUGAGGGUACCCUCAGAGCUGUGGACCCCCCUGUGAAGCACCACAGUUAUGGGCGCCAUGAAGGGGCUUGGAUGAAGGACCCUACAGCUCUAGAUGACAGGAUCUACGUCACCAACUACUACUAUGGAAACAGCCUGGUGGAAUUUCGAAACCUGGAAAAUUUCAAACAAGGUCGAUGGAGUAACAUGUACAAGCUACCCUACAACUGGAUCGGCACAGGCCAUGUGGUGUACCAGGGUGCCUUCUACUACAACCGUGCCUUCACCAAGAACAUCAUCAAAUACGACCUGCGCCAGCGCUUUGUGGCCUCCUGGGCACUGCUGCCUGAUGUAGUCUACGGGGACACCACACCCUGGAAGUGGCGUGGCCACUCAGACAUUGAUUUUGCUGUGGACGAGAGUGGUCUGUGGGUCAUCUACCCAGCUGUGGAUGAAGAUGGAACCCAGCAUGAGGUGAUUGUGUUGAGCCGCCUGGACCCUGGAGACCUCUCUGUGCACCAGGAGACCACGUGGAAGACACGGCUGAGGAGGAACUCCUAUGGGAACUGCUUCUUGGUGUGUGGCAUCCUGUACGCCGUGGAUACUUACAACCAGCAUGAAGGCCAGGUGGCCUAUGCCUUCGACACCCACACAGGCACUGAUGCUCACCCACGGUUGCCCUUCCUCAAUGAGUAUUCCUACACCACUCAAGUUGACUACAAUCCCAAGGAGCGGGUGCUCUAUGCCUGGGACAAUGGCCACCAGCUCACCUACACCCUCAGCUUCGUGGUCUGAAUGGGGGCCUGUGUUCACAGGGGAGGGCAGCAGAGGAGUAGGGGCUGUCCCUACCAACUCCUACAACCGAUAUCAAUAUCAGUUGGGGGUGUCCUGGGCUAGGUAUUGGCUUUGAUGGCAGCCAAGGCAGAGUGUUGUGCUGAGGGCUUUUCCUGCGUUUACCCUUUCGAUUCUCACUGCUUCUCCUGGAGGUAGAGAUCCUUAACCCGCUGAGCAGAGGAGGUGACUGAAGCCCAAAGGGGCAGCACCCAGUUGUAGUAAGGUAGGCUGUGUUAUCACAGUAGCCACGUCUUAUAGAUAAGAUGACCUCGCCCAGCUCUUGCCAUCUCCAGCACCCUUCCCAGGGCUCCACAAAGCCUGAGGUCUUUGGUACCUGUGCACUGACGUUCCACAGCUCCAGGCCCCUCUUCUGGUAACCUUGAGCGCCUCUUGACCUGUGGUCGUCCCCUGAGCUCCCCUGCUCUUUCUGACCACAGAACUUCCAGAAGUUCACUGUCACAACUCUGAAGCAAGCACAGGCUGGGUGGCUACUCCUUGCCCUCCCUGCACAUCCCUCAACAACCGAGAAGGGCUGGGCAGCUCAGCUCUGCAACAUAGGGUGCUGGCUCGAGCUCCCCCAUCUCAACUUCUGUAUCAGAGGCCUUGGUCUUGGCCACCUAGUAGGCCUUGACUCCUCCCGUAUCCUUUCCCAAAGCCUUGGGUCUCAGGUCCUUUGUGAACCUUCAAAGCUAGCGCUCAUACUCAGGGAUUGCUAGGAGUAAGGCCUUUGUCCCUGGAGAGGGUGGCCCCGAGAUGGAACCGGCUCCCUCUUCCUUGUCGAUCCUGAUCUGAUCAUCUGGUGGGCGGUCCAGCAGCCUGGGAAUCUGGGGGAGACAGCACAGAGGGGUUCAGAAGAGACCUUGGGGCCUUCUCUGGUUGCAGGGCGAAGCCAGGAGAUAGAAUCAGGAAAGGGGAGACUAGGGUCUCAGCACCGGGAUUUUCUUUGAGACAGGACUUGGGACUGUGGACAUGUGUCAGCUUCCCUGCGAUGGGGUUGGCGGCUGCCCUGGUACUGCUUGUCGCUCACGUGUCUCUACACACGCACAGCCCUGAGCACGCAACCUCUCGAGCCAGCAUACGGCUUCUUUUUAAAGCUGUAGAGAAGUCCUUUUGCCCAUCUCCUUGUUUUACCAAAGCAAAUACAGGUCUCAACAGUUCUAGGGUGGAGUCACACAGGCCAGGGCAUAGCUGAUCUCCUUUGGAAAAGCCCUGUACCCUCCCACCUGGGAGACAGCUCUGCCUGCAAAGAAAACAGACCCCAGCACUGGACCCUUCUCUGUGCCCUUGGCCGGCUCCUAGGACACCUGCUGUGGAAACCCAUUAUGAAAUCAAUCUCAGUGUGCAGCGCUGCAGAGGGAGAUUCAGACUCUGUGCAGACUUCAUUUCCUCCAGACAUUGUUGGGUGAUGUUCUGCUUAAGGAGUAACUCACCCCUGAAAUAAAGAGGGACAGUGACACCCAGCCCAGCCAGGUCUGACUUACAGUGGUAGCCACACCCAGCUCCCCCACCCAACUGACCACCACAAGUUCCCCUUCUGGCCUUGUCAGAGGACUUGGGACACACCCCUCCCCAGUGCCUGUGCACACCCUGACCUUUCCCUUGGCCCUGGGUGUGUGUAUUUUGUGAUGUCAUGGCCCAGCCAUGUGAGAGGUGCUCAGGCCACAGCAGCAGUCUAGGGAACAGGAACACUAGAUACAUUGGUUUGAAGAGUAAACAUGUGACAUAGUUUCCAGGGGUGGGACACAAGGCCAGCCCUCGUCCCCAACCCUCCUUCAGGUCCCUCCUUCUGUCUUCAGGCUUUUGUGUGUUGUAUGGUAAAUACAGUUCAUUUCCUCAUUUAUAAAUAGUCACAGUGGGUCCCAGAUGAGUCACUUGUCACAUAGUCUGGAAAUGGAAGACCCAGGUUUCCCAAUCAGGUCACCUGUCACUGUUACCUGAGAACCAUCCGUGUGUUCUACAUACUGUUGAAAGUAGACUAUAAGUACACCUGCCCAUGGCAAGGCAAACAUAAUACACAGGCGUUUACCUAAGACCACAGAGCAGGAUAGCCUGUGGCAGAACUAGGGGUUCAAGGCUGCUCAGAUCAUGUUUUUUGCCAUCUUUAUGUUGACAACAAACUCCGGAAGUGCUGAUAGUUGACAGUCAUUCAAGAUAGCCAUGGGAAAAGUCCCCUGAAAGGCCAGCUUUGAAUGCCAAGCCAAGGAGUGGACACACCUAGUCAAGUCUAGAACAAAAUGGUAUAAACUAACAGAGUCAAGGACAUUCCUUCUUUGGAUUUGUUUAUUUAUUAUAUAUAUAGUUAUGCCUGCAGGUCAGAAAGGGCACCAGGUCUCAUUACAAAGCAAAUCUGGCUCCACUACCACAUACACACACACACACACACACACACACACACACACACACACACACACACACACACACACACAGACACCGUCACACAUUCAUACGCACACCACUCAUGCAUAUUCCUUGGUGCAUUGUGCCAGGCAAUGGGUACUUCAUAGGAGGUGAGGUCUGGACUAUGUAGAACUGACCUCCUUAUGAAGGCAAAAGUGUCUGAACAACCAACUCUUCAGGUGAAGGAGCUUCGGCUUGCAUCGCUGACUCCUCUCCAGAGAUUGCCAGGCUUUGAAUGGGUGUUGGAUCACUGAGCCCCUCAAACCCCUUAGCCUUUGAAUCUAAUCCACUCUUCAGGGGGGGAAGGAAGGGAACAGCACGAAAGACACAACGGGGGGCUCCUGUAGAUGAUAUUCUUCCUCGGCAUCAGAGAAGCUUUGCGGUGUAGGGCAAGACACUGUGUAGGAGCCGGGCGUUGGUGGCGCACGCCUUUAAUCCCAGCACUCGGGAGGUAGAGGCAGGCGGAUCUCUGUGAGUUCGAGGCCAGCCUGGUCUAUAAGAGCUAGUUCUGGGACAGCCUCCAAAGCCACAGAGAAACCCUGUCUCGAAAAACCAAAAACAAAAGACACUGUGGCUGUCAGAGAGUCCUAGGUGCAGUGGAUGCCUCUCCCAUGCUCCCCUUCCCUCAGGCUGGAUAGGGGUCUUAGGUGCCCUGAGACAGCUGGGACCAAGACUUGGUGACGACAGAGGAGUUCAGGAGAUCCCCCAGCACCUUCCGGAAUUGGAAGUCACCUCGGCUUGUCUCACCACUCCCUCUAGAACUCCCAAGCUCUCUCUCACAGGCUGUGAGCCUCAAGUUUGGAGGAGCUGCACAAUGUACUCAGGGCCAGCAUUCACAGGUGAGAUAGGAACGAGGUCUCUUUAAACCAGAAUCCCCAACUAACUGUUCGAACUAGCCAUGCUUUUUUCUUGGCUUGGGCCAAUAGGAAACUCAAGAAAGUUUGAGAUCAUUUUAAACAUUUUUAUGGAGUUUAACCAACUUCAUUCUAGCCUUUCGUAUGUACUUUUACCCUGAUUUAUUUUCAUUCUACUGUAUUAAAUCUAUUUUAUUAAGGUUCCACAAUAUCUCUUUGCAACAGAGCAGCAUAUACAUAAAACACACACACACACACACACACACACAAAACACCGUGACUACAGGUGAAUGUGGUACACAUGUCUUUGAUCCUUGCACUUGGGAGGCAGAGGCAGGAGGAUUUCCGAGUUUGAGAUCACCCUGGUCUAUAAAGCAAGUUCCAGGACAUCCAGAGUUACACAGAGAAACCCUGUCUCAAAACAACAAUUGAAAAAGAAGCCUGAAAGCUUGAUUUAAAGUCUUAAGUUGUUGUGAACUACAACUGGGGGUGUAGCUUCGCAGCACACCGCUGCUUACAGCAUAUAUGAGGGCCUGGGGUUAUUCCCAGCCUCACACAAGAAGGAAGCAAGCAUUUCUGGGUCUGUGUCCUUGUAUCAUGUAUAUGUAUUUAAUAACUUUUCUCAAACUUG